CAAAAUGGGAAAGGAAAAGAUCCACAUCAACCUGGUGGUUAUCGGGCACGUAGAUGCCGGUAAGUCGACGACGACCGGUCACCUGAUCUACAAGUGCGGCGGUAUCGACAAGCGUACGAUCGAGAAGUUCGAGAAGGAGGCGGCCGAGCUGGGCAAGUCCUCGUUCAAGUAUGCGUGGGUGCUUGACAACCUCAAGGCCGAGCGCGAGCGCGGUAUCACGAUCGACAUCGCCCUGUGGAAGUUCGAGUCGCCCAAGUACAACUUCACUGUGAUCGACGCCCCCGGCCACCGCGACUUCAUCAAGAACAUGAUCACCGGCACCUCGCAGGCCGACGUGGCCGUGCUGGUUGUGGCCUCGGGCGUGGGAGAGUUCGAGGCGGGUAUCUCGAAGAACGGGCAGACUCGGGAGCACGCGCUGCUGGCCUUCACCCUGGGCGUGAAGCAGAUGAUCGUGUGCAUCAACAAGAUGGACGACUCUUCGGUGAUGUACGGCGAGUCUCGGUACACGGAGAUCAAGGAGGAGGUAGCGAUCUACCUGAAGAAGGUGGGGUACAAGCCCGCGAAGAUCCCGUUCGUGCCCAUCUCGGGCUGGGCCGGCGACAACAUGAUCGACAAGUCGACCAACAUGCCGUGGUACAAGGGCCCCUACCUGCUGGAGGCGCUCGACUCGAUGAAGGAGCCCACCCGCCCCACGGACAAGCCCCUCCGCCUGCCGCUCCAGGACGUGUACAAGAUCGGCGGUAUCGGCACGGUGCCCGUGGGCCGCGUGGAGACGGGCACCCUCAAGCCCGGCAUGGUGGUGACCUUCGCUCCCUGCAUGCUCGAAACCGAAGUGAAGUCCGUGGAGAUGCACCACGAGGCUCUCCCGGAGGCGGUGCCCGGAGACAACGUCGGCUUCAACGUGAAGAACGUGUCCGUCAAGGACAUUCGCCGUGGCUACGUGGCGGGUGACUCGAAGAAGGACCCCCCUAAGGGCGCCUCGGGCUUCAACGCCCAGGUCAUCGUGAUGAACCACCCCGGGCAGAUCUCGAACGGCUACGCGCCCGUGCUGGACUGCCACACCGCCCACGUGGCGUGCAAGUUCAAGGAGAUCACCCAGAAGAUGGACCGCCGUUCGGGUAAGGUGAUGGAGGAGAACCCCAAGUUCGUCAAGACCGGUGACGCGUGCAUGGUGAACAUGGAGCCUUCCAAGCCCAUGUGCGUGGAGUCCUUCCAGGAGUACCCCCCGCUCGGCCGCUUCGCCGUCCGCGACAUGCGCCAGACCGUCGCCGUCGGCGUCAUCAAGUCCGUCGAGAAGAAGGAGGUUUCCGCCAAGAAGAAGAAAUAAGCUAGUUCGAACCACUGGAGUUAGGGUUGGGUCGUGCAACAGCGUAAGGCAUUGAGAAGUGAGACUGGUUGACGGUGCCCUCUGCAGUUCGUGAUGGCUCCGAUUCAACCAGCUGACUCUGUAGUAGUAACAUAGGCUUGAACGGUUGAAAGGUCAGCGAGCAUAUCCGUGGCAUGCCGUCUUUCUCAUUUGACCUCAGAGGGUAGCGUUCUUGUCAUGAUCUUGGUAUGCUUAUUCUGGGGUGAAGUUUGGAACUAGAUGUCCUUAUGUGAUUUAAUAAGGGAUUUCAUUGAAUGCGAGCUUGGGCAGAGGCAGAUAUGUGAUAUCUGGUCAACUUCCAACUGAAAGACUUCACCUACGUAUUGUGUCAUUUGUUUUUUCGCGAAUUGAUUUAUGUGUUUUCUUUCUUUUUUAAGUGUGUCGCGUGUCAUUUUAGUGUGUUAGGAAGUCCAGCGAGCGUGAGGUUGAGUGUCUCGCGUUGUGGUAUCCCGAGUUAGGUAUUAACUGUUUUUCGAUGAAUUUCGGUUUCUUGAAGCCGCCUCCUUUCUCUUGGAGAGGAUUUUGUAGAGACUACCAUAGGUUUCAUGUUUUAGGUCACGUCUUCGAACCGGGAGAAACUACGCACCGUUCUUUUUUCUUGUGACUUGAACGAAAUGUUUUGCGGCGGUCUUCAUCGCUUCAAGGGAUCGACGGCCAGGGUUUAUCUUCGCCGCCUGUGGGUUUUUCGAUAUUUGCAGUGGCACGAAUGGUUGGGUCCCUUGAUUGGACGUUCCGUGAACUUUUUGUUUGAAGCGCGUGCUGUCUUGUCAAAACACGUGGUGACCUGAGGAAAUUGUGCCGCGCGCACAUACAUACGUAGUGUAGUUGUCGGCGCCGAAGCUCGAGUUUUGACAGUCAUGUCCACUUGAUGAAAGAAAAAAACAUCACGUAUCGGUUCGCCAGCGGGUCGUUCAGGCUCACCUGUUCUUACGUACCUAUAUAGGUCGAUGUCCCUGUCACUUCGAACCAGCAUUGAAGCUUAUCUGAGAGGCAUGGGCGCUGUGUUUGUCCAUCUUUGAAAGUUUUCUCGUGAUUUGAUUUAGGCACUCGUCAUGAUGACCUCUCACGUUGAGUGCGUGAGAAACGGUCAUCUUGCUCAAUUUUUUCAUACAUUUGUGUAUGGUGAUCGGAGACGGAGAGUACCUUCACGCGAUAGAUAUCAUGCCCUUACCUACAGUUAGUUAGCGCCCGCGGGCUCAUAUUUGGCGACAACAUGAAGAAAAAUCGCG